AUGCCAGCUACGUCUUACCCUACUCGCCAACUUGGCCGCAAUGGUCCCACCGUCAGUGCAAUUGGGUUCGGUGCCAUGGGUAUCGGCGCCUUCUACGGCACGCCUUCAGACGACAAAGACGCCUUCGAAACCCUGACCUAUGCAGCUGAUCGAGGCGUAACAUUCUGGGACACCUCUGACAUCUACGGCACAAGCGAGGUGACCCUGGGGAAAUGGUUUGCAAAGACAGGAAGACGCUCAGAGAUAUUCCUGGCCACCAAAUUCGGCGCUAGGGACCUGACCCCAGGCGCAGCGCGCCCGACGCACCCCAACAGCAAGCCCUCCUACAUCAAACGCCAGCUCGAGGGUUCGCUCCAGAGACUCCAGACCGACUGGAUAGACUUGUACUACCAGCACCGUGUCGAUCCAGAAGUUCCGAUCGAAGUCGUGUUGGAGACGCUGCGCCCCUAUGUCGAGAGCGGGAAAGUCAAAUACAUAGGGCUGAGCGAAUGCCCCGUCGACGUGCUCCGCCGGGCCAAGAGUGUCCCGGGAGUGGGAGAGAAGGUCAUCGCCGCGCAAAUGGAGUACAGCCCAUUCGAAAUUGAUAUUGAGACGUCUGGCUUCGUCGCCGCCGCGCGCGAGCUUGGCGUGAGCACCGUCGCGUACUCUCCUCUUGGCCGAGGGCGGUACAAGUCCCCGGACGACUUCGAGCCCACCGACGUCCGCCGCAACUUCCCGCGCUUCUCGCCGGAGGUCUUCCCCAAGAACCUCGCGCUCGUCGACAAGUUCCGCGUUAUUGCCGACGCGCUGGGCGCGACGCCCGGCCAGGUCGCGCUCGCCUGGAUCCUGGCCGAGCACCCUGACUUCGUGCCCAUCCCUGGCACGAAGACGGUCGCACGGCUAGAAGAGAACGCGAAGGCCGCGGAGAUCAAGCUGUCGGCGGAGGACGUCAAGUCGCUGCGUGCGGCAGUCCAGGCCGCUGGCGUCGUGGGUGAGCGGUACCCUGCGGCGGCCCUGGUGCACACCGGCAAGAGCUGCAUCCCUCUCAGCGAAUGGAAGGGCGAGCAGUGA